AUGGAUGAGGAUCUCCAGAGCCGAAGCACGGAGGGGAGUCCGACCCUCUCACGGGCAGCCAAGCGGCCGAGGACUACUCUUGCUUGCCAACGCUGUAAAUCACGCAAGCAGAAAUGUGAUGGCCGGGAGCCUUCGUGCUCACAGUGUGUCCGGGUGUCUGGAACAUGCCAGUAUGUCGCCUCAACGGUCCCCAGACCAACCGAGCAGCGAGCCUAUGUGAAGGCGCUUGAGAGCAGGGUUGCGGACCUCGAAGGCCGGCUUAAGCGAGCCGAACGAUCUGCCAACUCGGUCGAGUCACAAGAGUCCUACCGCUUGGGCGACUUGCCACGAGAGAGCUCUUUAUCAAGCACGAUCCGUGAUCUCAGCUUGAAUGCGAGUGGGUACAGCUAUCUUGGUGGGACAUCGAAUAUCACCAUUGCUCGCGUCCUGGAACCUGUCUUGCAUAUUGAUCGUUCCCAAGAAAGACCCCAUGAUGACACGAGACCGUACGCAUCUGAUGGGGAUCCACUGGUCACCCGAAACUUCUCGUCGAGCGACGACGAGGACGCGUUCGAUGUCGCGUCGUUCUCUGAUCCUUUGAUUGGAAAACUCUUUCGGGCCUACAUUGAAUACGUGUCCCUGAUAUUCCCUAUCAUGCAUUCACAGAGACUUCACAAUAUGCAUGAAAGGCGGGAUAAGCCCAACGGCCUCUUUGAAGUUGCCGUCCUACAUUUGAUGUAUGCUCUCGGUGGUAUUACGCUCACCUUGUCUGGCAACAAAGGAGACUUCAAGUCAGAAUAUCACUACGAAGCAGCCAUGGCUCAUAGAGCAAGAAUUACUCAAUGCAUUGAUAGAAGAGCCAUCAUCUAUCUCACGCUAGCAUCGCUCUACUGUUUACGCGCGCCGAGGAACCCUGGUCCAUGGACUAUGAUAGGAUUGGCUGUAAAACUGUGUAUAUCACUUGGCCUCCACCGAAAGUCAUGCACAUCAAGACUGAGCUUAGGUGCCGAGCUUGACAAGCGUCUUUUCUGGACUUGUUAUUGCCUCGACAGAGAUAUUAACCUCACCAUAGGCCGGCCUCCAUCAAUAUGUGAUCACGAUAUUGAUUGUCAGCUACCUUUGGAUGUUGACGAAGCUAGUGCCAAGCCGGAGGACUUCCAGGCAGCGAUGCGAAGGGGACCUGGUUUGGUGUCGAAACCACCGACGACUUUAUCCUAUUUUAUACAUAUGGUAGGCCUGAAGAGAAUAGCAUCAGAUAUCCAGCAUAGUGUCUACAGAGUGGAUAAGGCAGUCGAUUUCUCCGAUUCAAUAACCGAGGGCUUUCUUGCCCGACUCAAUACAUGGAAACAAGAUAUUCCUCCUGAGAGCCUUCCGAAUCCGGCUCCUGCACCUUCGGAUAGCCACUUUGAUACCCCGGCACGCCUUCAUUUGCGAGGCUCAUAUAUGAUUCAGUACUACUCGUGUAUCCGGCUGUUACUAUUUCCUCGGUUAAUGGACGAUACAUCAAUGGAUUCACGAUGCCUAAAAGUUGUUCUUGAGUCCUGCUCGGGUGUUUGCAGAUCCUUCAAACAAUUACAUCAACGAUCUACAUCUAUGUACUACUCUCCUCUGUUCACCAUGUCACUUUUCCUCGCCGGUCUGACUCUGAUAUAUUGCAUUUGGAAGUCUCCGGAGCAGGCCUUGAACAUGUCAACUACGAAUGCCCUGUCCGACUGCACAAUAAUGCUAUAUGUAAUGGCUGAAAGAUGGCCUUCGGCAGGAAGAUACCGGGAUACGUUCGAGCGUCUGAAGCAGCUAGUUCUAGGCCGAGAUACAGCCGGGGAAAACGACGAAGAGAAUAUCACACUCGAGUCAUCCAGCUUAAUCACAGCUGGAACCGGAUUGAGAGGAGCACCUAGCACCACCGACAACACUGAGUACGAUACCUCCAGACAGAUAACAAGAAACUCGAUCUCUAUUACAGAGCCAGGCGCGACAACGAGAGAUAGCUUCAGCGCCACAGGCUUUGUGAUACCAAACGUCAUUCGCAAUCUCGUCCGCGAACCCUUCCCACUAUGGGAGGGGGAAAGCUUUAACCUGAAUUUUGACGCGUUCAUGCAUCCCACCACAGACACUGGGCCCAUGAGCGGUAGCUCUCCUGGGGUUGGUGGCACUGGUUGCGGGGCAUAUGAUCUCGGCAAUAACACAGCAUCUUUCGAUUUCACUUUCUCCCCAACGGAAUUCGAUCAGCCUGUCGAUUAUGAUUUUGACCCUGUUGCCUUCGACUACUCUCCCACGGGCGUUCAGUUGAAUGAGUAUGGCGGCAUUUUGGAAGGAUUUUCAGGUCACCGACCUGGAACUCGUUUGUAA